UUAUAAGCAGGUUGCGUAGAGACGAUCUUUAUCAACAAUAUGGCGGCAAAUUGAUCUCGAGUCGUCGGUGCAGAGUUAUGAAGUUCAGUCAGUCGUUGUUUAACCUUUAAACCAACAUCAACAUGACAAUGUACAUGCCACCGAUUGCCCGAAAGAAGAGGGUUUCCGGGCAUUAUGACCCUGAUUCUUUCCGUGUUAUAAGUGGAGAUGCGGAGGAAAUGCAUCCAAAAUUUGUGACAACAUCAAUAGAAGAUCAUGCUGAUUUUCGAAGAGAAACUCCAGCAGGCGGAUUAACACUGCCGAACAUUUACAACAGACAAACUGAAGUGUUACCAAAGUCAGUGCCUGAUUACAGGGUGAACAGGCCACAUCCAGGUAGUUGUGGAUUUUUAAGACACAAUGUCAGAGUUUUAAAUGAACCUGUAUGUAGUGUAUACACAGCCUCAUCACAUGAUGAGCAGAAUCUGUGGUGGCCUUCUAGGACAUCAAAUGAACCUCUGAAUGUACCUCCUAAAACUAAGGACACAGUUUACAGGGGAGACUACAUGCAGGAUGGUGACAGAAUACAAAGCAGUGGCUCAACAAGGCAUAGUGCUAAUCUCCACAGAGAUCCUGCUCUUGGAACAGUACCUGUUAACUUUUUACCAGCCAGAAAUGAUAAUAAACGCUUUUUCAAAGAGAAGAUCUCAUACGAGCAUCAAUACAAUAGUCGCCUGAACCCCAACUAUCCAACUAGAGCCAAGAAAACACCAAAGGAUAUUUUCCAGCGCCAUGGCAGCUUUGUAUGGGACCAGAUGUCCAACGCUGAAUCAAAACAGAUGAUGGAAGAGCAAACAGCAUUAAACGAGGCAGAGUGCAAGGAGAAUGCUCAGUCCCAGACUCACCCUCGCCCUAUCAGUAACACCACGAGUAGCUCCGCCCCACCACCCUCCCAGCAGGAUUCCACUCCACCCACAGAAGUUGUGCCGGAAAAGAAAACUGUUACAUUUCAGUCUCCAAUAGACAAAGAAAAUGAAAAAAUCCAUAAAUAGGGAUAAUAAUUCAUACUGGUAAAAUAAGACAAAUUUUAUAUCAAAAUGGAAAAAAAUUAUAAAUUGAAAACUUAAAUUUAAUACCAGGUAACAAAAUUGUGAUUACAUAGUAUACAAUGAUACUUGCACACUUGCCCUUAUUUUGUGGCAUAAACAAAGAAUUUAGUCAUGCACUAGUAACUGUUACAUAUUUAAGUAAUUUUGUCAUCCAACAUUUUAAUACAUUGGGUAAUGACCAUUAAUUAAAGAGGAACAUGCACACAUUUUUUAUUUAAGAUAUUUUUUAAGACAUCUGAAAAGUAUAGUAUACUCCAGUACUGUCAUAUCUUAUCCUUAAAUCACCUCUACGGUUUGUAACAGUAUAAUCAGAGAUUAUAUGUAAAAUCGGAAGUUAUUUUAAUGUUCAAACCAAUUGGCACCCCAAAAACAAUACUGUUGAAACUACUGUUGAUACAGUAAUACAUGUAUUUAGAGACCAGCAGAUCUCUAAACAAUGGGAAUUAAACUAAGAAUUUUUAGACUGAUCUUUUAUCUAGAGGUCUUGACCCACAAGCUUUAAACUUUAAAUGACAGUUUUGUUUCUGUGACUAUUUCUUGACUAUGACAUAGAUAUUGGUCAUAUGUACUAUGUAUAGUCAAGCAUUUCUGUGGUAUUAAAGAGUCCGACCAGUAUUGAAGGAAUGAAGGGUGCCCAAAGACAUAAUAUUUUAUAUAGAGAAUAUGUAAUUUUACCCCAUUACAAGGUCGUUAUUAUACAGUGUAUAUUUUUUAUAUUCAGUAGUAUUGGGGUUUAUCCUCCCUAUUUUUUACAUCAUUUUGUUAUCAUAUAUGCUUUAAUAGUCUUCAUUUUCACAGAUUUCACUGCCCGUUGAGUUUCUGUGAAAAAUAGGGCAAGAUGUGUUAGCAAGCACAGGAAAUGUUGAAAAUGAAGACUGUUAUGGUGACUAGUCCAUGUAUAUCGCUAUAUCCCAGUCUGUGCCUUUCUCAGUCAUUGGUAAACUAUUUUAUAUAACUUUUUAUAUUUUGUUAAUCAUACAUACAUUUAAUUUUGUAUUCAACUUUGUUUUUAAUACUGAAUUUUAUUUUCCUUUAUAACUGUGAGCACAUCUUUGUGAUAUUGUUACUUUCUGUCAGCUACCAUGUGUUGUAGUGUAGGGUUUGUUUUGCGUUCAGUGUUCCUGUUAUAAUCAAGGCUUUCAGUCUGACUACAUAUAGUUCACCUGUUAAUAUUUUUAUAAUAAACUCAUUAACAUUUCUAUGAAAA